UGCUGGUGUUCCUGCCACUAUUUGACCCUAGUGUCUUACAGCCGAUGACUGAGUGUGGGUUGGCUGUUCCUCUGGGCAAGGCAUCACUUGGUGCGCCUUAAAGAGUUUAGUUUUAGUUUAUUGUCGCAUGUACCGAGGCAGCCUGACGUGGAUGUACCGCAAUUUUUCUCUUGAUUUCGCGAUAAAAUCUGGGGGCACAUAAUUAACACCAGACAUGUCUGGAAUCAAUCGAAAAGACAAGAAAUACGCCAAGAAGAUGAGAAACCAGCCUAGCAACGUCACCUUUACAUCAUCCGAUCCAGGGGCUGGUCGAUCAGGAAUAGAAUCUCAGUCAGAUGUCAAUUCCCGAGAUCAGCAGAGAGGUUUGCAUGGAGGAUAUUGCCACAGAAGCCAAGGAAGUGAUCAAAAACAUUUUCAAAAUGUUCCCAAAUUCAUAAAUGAUGCCAAUUACCGAGAUCAGCAGAGAGGUUUGCAUGGAGGAUAUUGCCACAGAAGCCAAGGAAGUGAUCAAAAACAUUUUCAAAAUGUUCCCAAAUUCCUGUAUGCCAGAGACUUUGCUCAACACCGUGCUGCAGAAAUCAAUGCCAUGUUAAAAGCAGUAGUGCACAAAUCUAACUCCCAGUUUCUGCAGUCCUUGCCACCACAUUUGCGCAGAAGAGCAAUGAGCAACAACGCUAAACGUCUCCCACGAAGACUUCGGGAAAUUGCAAAGAAAGAGAUGGAAAAAAUUGCCCAUUUGAAGAAAGAGCAAUCAAAAAGCAAGUCUCGCAAAGCCCGGCGACGACAUGGAAAUUUGUUGCAUGAAUUUAAUCGCAGACAAAGGAAAAACAUCUGGCUGGAAACCCACAUAUGGCACGCAAAAAGAUUCCAUAUGGUCAAAAAAUGGGGAUGCUGUUUGGCUGACAAACCAACUGCUAAAAGUUACAGAGCCUGCUACCGUGCCAUGAAGCAGAAGUGUCUACUUCAGGAUUUGUCGUAUUAUUGCUGCUUGGAGCUGAGUGGUACACAGGAGAAUCUCUUGAAGGCUCUUUCCCCUUUGAGUAGCUGGGAAGCAGGUACAACGUUUGCCUCUGUGGAUUGCCUUUCUGGGAAGCGUCAAGGAUCAUUGGUGCUUUACAAGGCCGAGCAAUAUCCCGCAAAGCCACUGGGUCCUAUUGUGUUCUUGUGGCGACCCAAAGCAGAGCCGGAAAACCAGUCUGAAAACAGGCAGCUUUGGAUUUGGGCACAUCCAGCACUUAAAACGGAGGCAUUAAUCGAGCUCCAGUUGGCCUGUCAAUGUUCAGAUGCUCCCUUACCUGAACCAGCGCCUAGUGAAUGCAGUGCUUCAGCACCGGGAAGAGCUGGCUCGAAAAGAAAACUGCAGGAUCAAGUUGGAGAGGAAGUCAUACCCAAGAAAAAAAUCAUAGGCAAUAGUACCAGAGAUCCUUUGAAACCAGUGUCUUGGACAUCGUUAACAACUGGUAUUGUAAUAGAAGAUCUGACGAUGGAAAUUCUGAGGUAUCGAUUGGUCGGUCCCCUUUCUCACUCUGUGAUAUUUGAAGUUUUGCAACCUGCUGUUGUCUUGGAAGAUUCUGAAGCGAAGGGAGAAGUGACGGGAGCAAGAGAUGUGCCUUGCUGGUGGUCACAGUAUUGCGGGAAAUCCGAGGAUGUGGACCUUCAUCAUCGUCAGGGGGAUUUCCCACAGUUACUUUCUGGUAUUGCUUCACCAGCAGAAAUCUCAGCAGGGUCUGUACUUGGACUUACUGUGAGGGAUCCUCGACUAAACAUACCUGAAAGCAGGACCCCAGCGCUGCCUGACCCAUCAGAGUUUAAAGGUAGCACCCAUGAUCUGGAAAAAGUAAAGGAAUUGUCCCUGAGAGGAGUUCCGACGGAAUGUGCUCAGAGUCCAAUCUGGGACAGAAAUAUCCGCAAUAUUGUCACCGAAAAUAAAAUUUCGGAACAGGAAUUAAAUCAGAUGAAAAGCAAACUCCUGGUUCCUGGAUCCCAGCUGAACCUGGGGCCUCGGGAAUCCAAGAUUCCCAUCCUGCUGGUGCAGCAGCCCGGGAAGAGGGCUGGGAAGGAGCAUAUUGGAUGGGGGAGCGGCUGGGAUAUCCUAAUCCCGAAAGGAUGGGGAAUGGCGUUCUGGAUUCCUUUGAUCUACAGGGGUAUACGCGUAGGAGGUUUGCAAGAAGGAGCCAAGCAUUCCCAGUACCAGGGAAUUCCCUCUUUCCCAGAUGAUUUUCCAGACUGUCCCGCUGGUAUUCGGCACUGUGAGGAGACCGAGAAGGAGCUAGUUGAGAAAUACAAGAGAUAUCCACCGGCUAAGAGGCCGAACUAUGUCCAUUACGGCACAAUGACCCCAUUUCAUUGCCCGUGGCAACGGCUGGUUGAAGAGUGGGAAGUGAAGACCAAUGCAAAUGACGUCACACCUACAGCCAGUGGCAAAGACCCGGAGGCAAAGUCGGAAGGGCUAAACUCCAGCAUGAAGCCAAUCGGUGUAAAUGAAGCAGUAGUGUGCAAGCAAUCGUCAGAUGAAGAGAAAACCCUUGAACCCAAGGAGGAAAUGGAGCAGGGUUCUGGAAACGUCACUGUUCUGGAACCAAAGACCUUGAGUAUUGAAGACAUUUCAGCAGAAAGCUGCCAUGCUUCCAUACUAAGGUCUAGAAAGAUGUUGAGGCAGCUGUCUGCAUGGUGCCAACCUACAUCAAGCUGUGGACAGAGGGUGAAGCCGUUCGCCAGGUCUCUGCCAGGACAGAUGACCACAGAUGUGGUCAACUCCAUCGUCUGCUCCCUUCCCCGCUUCCUUGUCUGGGCUAGAGUGUCGCUACUGAAAAAGGGCAGUCCCGAUGCUAACGCAAUGAUUUGUAUCCCUUCCAACGAAGACCUCCAGCUUAUAGCCUCAGAUGCCAAGAAUUGUGCUCCACAAGAACCAAAGCACAGAGACCCCUUCAAGCGGCAGAUUAAAACCUUAAAGGAUAAAAAGAAAAAGGCUUUGUCGGAAAGUGGUUCCGGCGUUCAGGAUUCCAAACUAGUUUCCAAUCGCCGAAAGGAUUUAAUUCUUGGCCUGUGGCCUGAUCAGCCAAAGGAUGUGAUGUCCCACUGUUCCAGACUAACAAUCGGAUACGUAAGCCACGGGGACUUUUCAUUGAACGUAGGCUGCGGGGAAGGCUUGGGAUUUGUCAGUUUAUCGGGACUUUUGCACAUGUUGUCCAGUCAGCCAGCUGAAAAACGCGGCUUUGUACUCGUGAGGAACCCAGCUUCGCUGCAGUAUCGCUUGGCCAAACUGAAUAUUGAAGUCUAAAAAAAUAUGCUAGAUUUUCGUGCAAAUUUCAGGCCGUAUCUCCAUGCAUGUCUGAAACAACGUUUGCGUUUAUCUCUCCAAAAGCCCGUAGCUCUUGCCUUUAAUUAAAUGGUACAUCCCUUAAUGCCACGUUUGAAAUCUGAUGCUGACUAAGUGACAGACAUCGGUAGAAGAUGGCUUGAUAGACAAAUUAGUUUCUUAUUUGCUGAUUCCAACCAUGCAGUGCCGGCGAGAUUGCCUUGCAUGGGUCUGCACAUUGUUCAAAUUCAUUGUCUCUACAAUAACAUUCUACUGACAUUAAAUUGAACCCUUCUUUGUUUAAUUGUAAUCAGCAUGUUUGAAUCCGGAGGAUUAAUAGGAGAUUAUGUCCACAUGAAAUGAAUUGAACAGGAAAUCGGUUCAGUAGACUUCAUCAUCAUGAAAAAUAAAGUCGCUGGGAGCAAUGUU